AUGAUCCCUUGUACCUGGCCUACCACACUCUUCUUUUUAAUAUGGCUUUGCAAUGACGUUGCGUCGAAGAGGAAUCACACACUGAAACCUAGGGUGGUACUGCCUGAAAACUAUGUUAAAGAAAUGCGUCCACCAGCACGCAAAGGGCAGCCAGUUAUGGUAGAAUUCAGCAUCUACGUGGUCGACGUGAAUUCAAUUAAUGUUGAAGACAUGGACUUCAGAGUCGACAUGUUCAUACGACAAACUUGGAGCGAAAGCCGGCUGCAACUGCCUGAAGACAUAUUUGAAGAAGGCGACGAUCACGUGACACUUCCACCAGAGUUUUUCGAUAAUCUGUGGCAUCCGGAUCCCUACUUCUUAAAUUCUAAAGUCACAGAGAUCGCGGAGUUGACGCACAAAUUUUCUUCAGUGACAUUGUACAGGAACCAAACGGUGAGGUACGCGGCCAGAAUGCAUGCGAUCAUCGCUUGCCAGAUGGAAUUUCAACUCUACCCGAUGGAUAUACAGUCCUGUCCUAUUUAUAUAGAAAGUUUUUCCUACAGUAAUCAGAAGGUAAGGUUCCGGUGGAGCGAGUCCGGAGUUACCAUCAACCCUGAACUGAAACUGCUGCAGUACCACAUCGGGCAGCCACUGCGCCUGGAGGAAACAAACGGAUAUAUGAUAGACAAGGAUGGUAACUACUCGAGAUUAGUAGUAUACUUCAGAUUCGAGCGUCAGAUUGGUCACCACCUAAUUCAAACCUUCGCACCAUCGUCCCUGGUCGUGAUGCUGUCCUGGUUCAGCUUCUGGCUGGACCUAGAUGCCAUCCCUGGGAGAGUCACCUUACUAGUCACCUGCAUGUUGACCCUGGUCACCAUGUUCACAGGAUUACGAGCUGAUAUACCACCAGUGGCAUACGUUAAAGCACUGGACCUAUGGAUGGCAGGAUGUAUGAUGUUCGUGUUUGCAGCUCUUGGAGAGUUCGUAGUAGUUAAAGUAUUAGAUAAGCAGUACCAGGUGAAUAAAAGCAAGGCACAAGAAGCCCUGCCGAGAAUUAUUCCAGUGGUAAGAAAAAAGUGCAUUAUAUUUAGAUUGAAUGGGGAGAAAGGUUCAUGCGGCACAGUAGCUGCAUGGGAAGGUAGCGGAGUUCGAUGCCGGAAAGUGGAUAUUACGUCACCAACGUCACCGGCGGCGGCCACGCCUGCUGUACAUCCAGCGCCGUCAGCACCUCACAGCAACCCGCAUUUAGUCGGUGUUGAGCGACGGCAGAGUAUUUUACAGGUAGCCUGGUUGGACGCCGACACUGGACAAGAGCGAGUGUUGUGGCGCGAGAUAGACAAGUUAUCUCGCGUGGUGUUUCCCGCUUUAUUCCUCCUUUUCGUGACUAUGUACUGGCCGGUGCUGUUGCUGAAGACGAAGACAUCAUCAUAA